UAUCACUUUGAAAUGGGCGUGCUAUAGAUAUGUCCAAUACUGUACAUAUUUACAUAUAGGAAUAACACCGAUUUGCCUCUCUUGCAGCCACAAGAGCAACUUGCAACGCAACAAUAACGGACCAUUGCUACCCGAAGCAACUAUUUGGUCAAUUAUCAUGCAAUUGACCGCUGGUUUACGUGCAAUCCAUCAAGCAGGACUCGCCUGCAAGGUCUUGGAUCCAACGAAAGUACUGGUGACCGGCAAGCGGAUGCGUCUGAGUUUUUGUGGCACAAGCGACAUUGCACAAUUCGAUCCCAAUGCAGCGAAUCCUCUAGCGGUGGCUAGCAUGCAUCAGCAAGAUGAUUUGACUGCGUUGGGUCGGCUGGUAUUGGCUUUAGCUUGUCGAUGUUUACAAUCGGUGCAGAGAGAAAAUGUCCAAAGCAGCAUUGAAAUGGUAUCACGUCACUACUCCAAUGACUUGCGUAAUUUCAUCGUCUAUCUAUUUUCGACGACGCAACGACGCUCAGUAACAGAUCUUAUGCCAAUGAUUGGUGCACGUUUCUACACACAAAUGGACGCAUUACAAAGCCUCUGCGACAUGCAGGAAGACGAAUUAGCUAAAGAGAUGGAGAAUGGCCGCUUAUAUAGAAUUUUGGUGAAAUUAAACUGCAUAAAUGAAAGACCUGAUUUUAAUAUGGAUUGCACUUGGUCAGAAACUGGUGAUAGAUACAUGCUGAAAUUGUUUCGUGAUUAUUUGUUUCAUUCCGUCACAGAAGAUGGUCGUCCUUGGCUGGAUCACGCACAUAUCGUACUCUGUUUAAAUAAAUUGGAUGCCGGCGCAUUAGAACGAGUUCAGUUGAUGUCCCGCGACGAACAAUCUGUCUUGAUCGUUACGUAUGCCGAACUCAAGAAUUGUCUUGAAAAUGCAUUUUCCGAGCUAAUGGUAACUCCAACAUAAUAAUUUCCAUACACUGCUGGCACCUGCGCUGUCAGUGCCAUCACCUAAGGCACCUCCAACAAACUCCACCAUUGGCAUAAAUAGCAAAUAUACUUGUUUACAUUAACAGUAAUAUUAAAAAUUGUUGUAACUGAAAGUGCUGUUACAUGUUAAAACCGCCGUCUGUUAUGAGGGGAAAUUAAGCACGAACGAGCAUAUUUGUAAACCAGAAGUAGCCACGCUUUUUAUCCACAAAUGAAAUCCGUCGAACCAUCGAUCAUAUACAUACAUAUGUAUUUCCUCUCCCAUAUUCCGUACUACAUAUACAUACAUAUAUUUAUCGAUCACUGAGACAUACAUAAUUAUUAAGCUAAAAAGAUUUUAAUGUGGAAACAUAGAAAAAUAUAAAACGAAAGAAAUUGAAAUGUAAACAAAGAGCUUUUUAAAAGUCUUUAAUGAACCGGAAAACACAAGCGAAUAAGAACGGGAGCAAGUCAUUUUUGAAAUGGUGUUUGGCGCUAUCUAUUGAAUACUAAUAAGAUGUUUUGUUGUUAUUGUACAAAAAGGAAUGGCGGAGUAUAUUGUCUAUUUUUACAAAAAAAAAGAAAGAAAAGAAAAUACAAAAUUAAACGGGUGUUGAAGUU